AUGUGUGGAAUCCUUGCUAUUUUAGGUUCAUCAGAACCAGCACCAAAACUUAGAAAGAAGGCAUUGUCUUUGUCUGCCAGAAUUAGACAUAGAGGACCAGAUUGGAACGGUGUUUUUGCUUCUGAGGAUUCAAUUCUCACUCACGAACGUUUGGCUAUUGUCGAUUUGGAAAACGGUGCUCAACCACUUUUAAACGAAGACGAAAGCAUUGCUUUGACUGUCAACGGUGAGAUCUACAACCACAAGGCAUUACGUGAUAUCUACUUAUCAUCUGGUAAACACACAUUCAAAACCAACUCUGAUUGUGAACCAAUUUUACAUGCUUACGAAGAUAAAGGAGAUGAUUUCGUUGAUAGUUUAAGUGGUGAUUUUGCAUUUGUAUUAUAUGAUUCAAAGAGUAAAUCAUAUUUGGCUGCUCGUGAUCCAAUCGGUGUCGUUCCAUUGUAUAUUGGAUGGGCAAAGGAUGGAUCGACUUGGUUCGCCUCUGAAAUGAAGGCAUUGAAGGACGACUGUAUUAAGUUCCAAUCGUUCCCACCAGGACAUUACUACUCGAGCAAGACCAAGGAGUUUAUUCGUUACUACAACCCAAAGUGGUUCGACCAACACAUUCCAGCUCACACCAGCGAAGCUGAGGUUCUCCCAUUGAUUCGUGAAUCCUUUGAAAAGGCGGUUGUCGCUCGUAUGAUGUGUGAUGUUCCCUACGGUGUUUUGUUGUCGGGUGGAUUGGAUUCAUCGCUAGUUGCAUCGAUCGCUGCCAGACACGCCGAGAAGCGUACCGAAGAUUCCGAGCAAUCGCGUGCCUGGUGGCCAAGAUUGCACUCGUUCUGCAUUGGACUGCGUGACGCACCCGACUUGAAGGCCGCUCGUGAAGUAGCCGACUACCUCGGAACCGUCCACCACGAAUUCUACUUCACCGUGCAAGAAGGUAUCGAUGCACUCACCGACGUCAUUCGUUCGCUCGAAACCUACGACGUCACAACCAUUCGUGCAAGCACACCAAUGUAUUUCCUCGCCAGAAGAAUCAAAGCUAUGGGUGUAAAGAUGGUGCUCUCUGGAGAAGGUUCCGACGAAGUGUUUGGAGGAUACCUCUAUUUCCACAACGCACCAGACGCCGCCGAGUUCCACCAAGAGUGUUGUCGUCGUAUCAAGGCACUCCACUCAUUCGAUUGUUUGCGUGCCAACAAGUCGACUGCCGCCUGGGGAGUGGAAGUUCGUGUUCCCUUCUUGGACAGAAACUUCUUGGACGUUGCAAUGGACGUCGAUCCAGUGCACAAGAUCUGUAAGGACGCCGACGGUAAAUCGCGUAUCGAGAAGUACGUACUGAGAAAGGCAUUCGAUGUUAAGCAAGGCGAGAAGCCAUACCUUCCAGACUCUGUGUUGUGGCGUCAGAAGGAGCAAUUCUCAGAUGGUGUCGGAUACAGCUGGAUCGGUGGAUUGAAGGAUUACACUGAGGCUGAGAUCUCCGAUGAAGAUUUCGCCAAGCGUGAAAUCCUUUUCCCAGACGACACACCAGCCACCAAGGAAGCUUUUUACUACCGUCGUAUUUUCGAGUCACUUUUCCCAGGAAAAGAGUGUCGUGAAACCGUUGCACAUUGGAUACCAACAUGGGGUGCCUCUCAAGAUCCAUCCGGUAGAGCACAAAGUUUACCAAAUUUAGGUAAAACAAAUUAUAUUUAUGUAUUAAUUAUGUAUUCUAUUCAAAAUGUAACAACAUCAUCAUCAUCAUCAUCAUCAACAACAACAACAACAACAACAAUGUUGAAUUUAAGUGAUUACGAAAGAAUGAGAAUAGCUUCGAAGCUUGGCGAUACAGAAACACUUGGUUCUAUACUUUCUCAAUUUUGUCAAGAUUCAGCUUGUCAAAAAUAUGAACAACAGCAGCAACAAGAAGAAGAGCAACAAUUCUGUUUAUGUAAAUAUAAUUUCUUAAAUCAACGAGAUCAAGAUGGAAUGACAUUUCUUCAUUUGGCAUCAUUAAAUCACUACACUAAAUCAAUCGAACUAUUGGUAGAACAUGGAUCAAAUAUAAAUAUUGUCAACAAUGAUGGACAAACUUCUUUACAUAUGAUUUGUAAUUAUCAAUUUAAUUUGUGUGGCGAAGAGAAUCUUUCGUUGGUACAGUAUAUAGUGAAUCAUGGUGUAGAUACCAAUGUUGAAGAUUACUUUGGCCAUACCGCUGCCUAUUAUGCUUCGUUGAACGGUCGAUUCCUCAUUGUCCGAUGGCUACUAGAAUAUGAAUUGCAAAUGGACGAACUAGUUAGGCAGUCUUCAAAUUCAACCGUUGAAUCUUCAUUGCCAUCAUCGUCAUCAUCAACAACUAAUAAUAAUAAUAAUAAUAUACUAUCAAAAUCAUUGUUAUCAAAUUCAAACACAUCACUUUUAAAUAGAAAUAACUCAACAAGACACCAACAACAACAAACUGGUAGCUACUGUAGAAACUAUCAGUUGGUAUAUCAACCAUUGAAAUAUAUAAUUUCGAUUGCAUAUCCAUUGAUAGAGAUCAUUUGUUGCAUGCCAAUCAUGGACGAUCACAACUCGACAAGCACUCUGAGUAGAUCUACAAACAGUCGUCCCAUUACAACAGUGAUGACUCCAAACACACGGACAUCAUUACUAAGAGAUUUCUCUAGUUAA